CAUUCCUCGCUCUACACAGUAUGGCCGGCGAUAUUAGCUAGCGCUCGCUCAAUCUCGUUCUCUGUAACAAGGGAAACGAUAAAACGGGAAAACAUAAAAUAGACUGUACCGGAGAAACUCGUUAUCCAUCAAAUACACGAGGACACCCAAAAUUCGUCAUUCUGCAUAAUUUUCCGAAAAAUCUUUAAAAUUUCUAUCCAAAGCGACGGAAAUUAUUUAAGAAAUAUUUCCGAGUAGUUAAUUUAACAGUUUUUUAAAAAGAAAGUUCUGACCGCCGUGGGAGGAGUAGAUUUCUAUUUUUUUCCUUUUAAAUUUUUUUUGGUUAUAUAGCUAUAUAUAUAUAAUUUUUUCUGCGUUGUCGGUGAGUGUCCCGCGACCCCGGGAGAAAAGGUAAUGGAGAGCUCCGCGCACUUCUUUGAGGGCACCGAGAAGCUGUUGGAGGUCUGGUUCAGCCAACAGGACGAGAGCAAAGGUUCCGGGGAUCUCCGAGACAUCCCAAGGUUUGAGUGGGACAAACUUUUGGAGAAUGUGCAUUGUUUGAUCAUCAGCGUAACAAAAACUGACAAGCAGGAAGCUUAUGUACUCAGUGAGAGUAGCAUGUUUGUCUCCAAGAGACGUUUCAUUUUGAAGACAUGCGGCACCACCCUCUUACUGCAAGCACUGGUUCCCCUGUUAGAGCUCGCUAGGGAGUACUGUGGGUUUGAUGACAUUCAAAACUUUUUUUAUUCACGAAAAAAUUUCAUGAAACCAGACCAUCAGGAAUACCCACACAGAAAUUUCCAGGAAGAAGUAGAGUUCCUAAAUGAAAUUUUCCCAAAUGGAGCAGCUUAUUGCAUGGGACGUAUGAAUUCUGAUUGCUGGUACCUAUACACUCUGGAUGUUCCAGAGGGGUUUUUAAUCAAUCAACCAGAUCAGACACUGGAAAUUCUGAUGAGUGAGCUUAACCCAGAAGUAAUGGACCAGUUCUACAUGAAAGACGGUGUUACUGCAAAUGAUGUCACUCGUAUGAGUGGAAUUUGUGACCUGAUACCAGGUUCUGUCAUUGAUGCUACACUGUUCAGUCCUUGUGGCUAUUCAAUGAAUGGGAUGAAAUCAGAUGGAACUUACUGGACUAUCCACAUCACUCCAGAGCCAGAGUUCUCAUAUGUUAGUUUUGAAACUAACGUAUCUCAGACAAGUUAUGAUGAUCUGAUCAGUAAAGUUGUGGAAGUUUUCAAGCCAAGGAAGUUUGUGACAACCCUCUUUGUUAAUCAGAGCUCCAAAUGUCGUGCAGCUUUCAGCUGUGCUCAGAAGAUUGAUCGCUUCAGACGUCUUGACCGCCAGUUCGCCCAGUUCAAUGAUUACAAUUUUGUUUUCACCAGUUUUGCCAAGAUUGAGUCGCAGCAGAGUUGAUUAGGA